AUAUUAUAAGAUAUCGGUUUCUAAAGCUUACUUUAUAUUUUCCGUGUGACCUCGAAUUCUUUCUUAAAUCUUAGAAUAGCUAAAUGGCCAUUUCUUUUUAACUCGAGGUUUCCAACUUGAUUAUCAAAAAAAAUUCUUAAUCAUGUCUGAGGAAGCACAUAAGUUUUCCGAGAUGUAUGAUAAUUUGCUCGGGCAGGGAAUCUGUCAACUUAUUGCAAAGAAACUUGAUGAGAUUCACCAAUCAGGUGUUUUGCGAGUAGAUGAAUUAGAUGACAGAGCUUUAGAAGCGCUAAAAGAGUUCAAUGAGGAUGAUGCAAGCAAUGUGUUAGAACAAUUUUGUAAAAGCGAUUUGUCUCAUGUGCAAAAUAAAAGUGCUUUUUUAUGCGGAGUUAUGAAAACCUAUCGAGCUAAAAUGAAAAAUAAAGAUUCUAUUCCAACUCCUUCGGUUGGUGCUGGUGUAACUAAAUCUGAAGUUGCAGAAAUUAAGCAGGGUCCACAUGAAGAAAAAGUAAAACAACUGCUAGAUAGAACUGGUUAUACACUAGAUAUUACUACUGGGCAAAGAAAGUAUGGUGGACCUCCUCCACAUUGGGAAGGUCCUGUUCCAGGUACUGGUGAAAAGAAAUUCUGUUCUCAAAUUUUCAUUGGCAAGCUUCCGCGUGAUAUGUAUGAAGAUGAGCUUGUUCCUAUGUUUGAACCGCACGGUACUAUUUAUGAUCUUCGCAUUAUGGUUGAUCCUUUUUCAGGACUUAAUAAAGGUUUUGCAUUUUGUACUUAUACAACCAAAGAAGCUGCUACUUUGGCUGUGAAGGAAAUGGAUGGAAAACAAGUUAGAGAUGGAAAAACACUUGGUGUUUGUCUAUCCCAGGCUAACAAUCGGUUGUUUGUUGGGUCAAUUCCAAAAUCAAAAACAAAGCAACAGAUAUUUGAUGAGUUUGCUUCUAAAGUUGAAAAUUUAAGUGAUGUGAUAGUGUAUAUAUCAUCUGAAGAUAAAUCAAAGAACAGAGGUUUUGCUUUUCUGGAAUUUACAACACAUAAAGAUGCAUCUUUAGCAAGACGUCGGUUUAUGACAGGAAGAAUUAAAGUUUUUGGUAAUAUUACACCAACUGUUGAUUGGGCCGAUCCAGUAGAAGAACCAGAUGAUAAUGUUAUGUCUAAGGUAAAAGUUGUUUACGUUCGUAACUUAUCUCCAGCCAUAGAAGAGACGAAAUUAAAUGAACUUUUUAAACAGUAUGGUGCGGUAGAGAAAGUUAAAAAACUUAAGGACUAUGCUUUUAUUCAUUUUGUUAACCGAGAUGAUGCUGUUCGUGCAAUUGAAGAGUUAAAUGGACAAGAUCUUGAUGACUUAAAAAUUGAAGUAUCAUUGGCUAAACCACAAACUGAGAAAAAAGAAGCUCGUCGUGGUCAAUCUGGUUUUGGUUCUCUUAAUCAGUCAGAGGGUGGUAAUGUUAGAGGAGGAGGUCAUGGGGGAAUGAGAGGAGGUUAUGGUAAUUUUCCAUCUGGUGGUUAUAAUAAUGAUUAUGGAUUUAAUAAUGGUGGCUAUGGAAAUUAUGAUGAUUCUUCGUAUGAUAACUAUUAUGGAGGUCCACCACCUCAACCUCAACGUGGAGGUGGUGCCCUAAGAGGUGCACCUUCAAGGGGAGGUCCUCGGGGAGGAAGUUUUUCUUCCAGAGGUAGUCCUAAUGUUACUAGAGGGAUGCCAAGAGGAGGGUCUCGUGGAGGAGGUUCUCGCGGUGGUGGGUCUCGUGGAGGAGGCGGUGUUCCUAGGGGUCGAGGAGCAUCUUUUAGUAGAGGUGCUAUGGCUUCUAAAAGAAAAAUGGAAGGUGGAUAUGAUCAGCAGCAAUCAGCUGUCCCUAAAAGGAGAUUUGGAAAUGAUCAAGGUUCUGGCGGCUGGAAUUCUCAACCUAUACCUCAACAACCAUUAAAAAAUGAAGGAAAUUAUUAUAGUGACGAUUAUGGUGGUGGCGGACAACAGGAGUGGUAUCAAGAUUCUUACGGAGGUCAAUGGAAAUAAAUUUUUUUUUGAUGUUAAAGCACGCCCCAAGCAUUUCUAAUAACUUUUUAAAACUGCUAAAAAUGUGCUAAAACUAUGUGAAUAUGUCAAAAACAGUUCAUCAACCGAAGUGUAAAAAAGUUUUUUACAAAAACAUUGAAAGAUCGAAAAUGCAUCAUGAUUACUACAAAACACAUGAUUACUACAAAAAUAAUUGACUUAAAAAGACAGCUAAAAAAAAAUUGUUUACCCUACCAAAUUGUUGUGUAGAAAUGUCUUUUUAAAUAUGUGAAAAUCUAAAA